ACGAGGCACGGGGAUCACAUCACUCCACUAUGUCAAUAAGCAAAGAACAGGAGGCCCUGAUUGGCUGGGCGUUUGAAACCUAUGUGAAAGAGCAUCAUCAUGAUGACAUUAACCAGCUCAUUGCAGAUCCUCUGGACACGACCCAUCAACCUGUGGUUGUUAAUGCAAUGACAUUGUUUGAAGCCAAUAUGGAGGUAGGCGACUAUUUCAAUGCCUUUCCUGACAAUGUCCUGGCUAUAUUUGAUAAAGUGUUACACAAAAUAGCCACAGAGUUAUCUGAGAAUGCCUCUCCUCCCACGCACCGUGGAGGACAAAGAACAAAGGAGCUCAGAAUGAAACUCACUCUUCAUGCCCGCAUCACAGGCCUACCAGUGUGUCCAGAGCUCAUCAGAGACACUAUUCCACGAUCCAGAGAUGUAGGACACUUCCUAUCUGUCACUGGUACCGUAAUACGCACCAGUGUCGCCAAGGUCCUGGAAUACAAGCGUGAUUACAUUUGUGCAAAGUGUCGCCAUGUUUUUGAAGUGAUGGCUGACUUUGACCAGUUCUAUACCUUCGUCCCACCGGUGGCCUGCCCUAAUCCCGAUGGCUGUAACUCAUACAAGUUUAGCAGUCUGUCUGAAGGAUCUGAGCCUGCUCUGUGCAGGGACUACCAGGAGAUCAAGAUACAAGAGCAAGUACAGAGGCUGUCGGUGGGCAGUAUUCCUCGUUCUAUGGUGGUGGUUCUGGAGGAUGACCUGGUCGACCGUUGUAAGUCUGCUUUCAGUAAUUAUGGACUGUGUCUUGUUCUCCCAGGAGAUGAUGUGACCGUUUACGGGGUGAUGUGCCAACGCUGGAAACCCUUGUACGAUGGCAAUCGCUGCGAUGUGGAGCUAGUCCUCAAAGCUAACAACAUAGAAGUCAACAAUCAGCACGCUGGCUCUGCUCUGCUCAUGGAGGAAGUUGAGAAAGAAUUUGAAGACUUCUGGGAUAGCUACAAACAUAAUCCCAUGGCUGGUAGGAACCAGAUCUUGUUGAGCCUGUGCCCACAGGUGUUUGGCAUGUAUGUCAUUAAACUGGCGGUUGCCAUGGUGUUGGCUGGUGGAGUGCAGAGAAUAGAUCCUUCUGGGACCAAGAUCAGGGGUGAAUGUCACAUGUUGCUCGUUGGUGACCCUGGCACAGGGAAGUCUCAGUUCUUGAAGUACGCAGCUAAAAUCAUGCCUCGCGCUGUACUCACAGCUGGAAUCGGAUCAACAAGUGCAGGAUUGACAGUAGCGGCAGUGAAGGAUGGAGGAGACUGGCAUCUGGAGGCUGGAGCCCUGGUCCUGUCAGAUGGUGGUUUGUGCUGCAUUGAUGAAUUCAACAGCAUCAAGGAGCAUGACCGCAUCAGCAUCCAUGAGGCUAUGGAGCAACAGUCUAUUAGUGUGGCCAAAGCUGGCAUGGUGUGUAAGCUGAACACUCGGACCACCAUCCUGGCAGCGACCAACCCCAAAGGCCAGUACGAUCCCAAUGAGCCCCUGUCAGUGAACGUGGCUCUGGCCAGCCCUUUGCUCAGUCGUUUUGACCUGGUUCUGGUUCUUCUGGACACCAGAAACGCAGAGUGGGAUCGCAUCAUCUCCUCUUUUAUUCUGGAGGACAGAGGGCUGCCUGCUGAAUCCUCAGGUUUGUGGUCCAUGGAGAAAAUGAAGGCUUAUUUCUGUGCGAUCAAACGCUUACAGCCGCAGGUGUCUGAGGAGGCCAACUGCAUCUUGUCACAGUACUACCAGCUACAGAGACAGAGUGACAGCCGCAGUGCUGCUCGCACCACAAUCCGCAUGCUGGAGAGUCUCAGCAGACUGGCUGAAGCUCACGCUAGGCUCAUGUACAGAGAGACCGUCACCAUAGAAGAUGCUGUCAUGGCUGUGUCUGUCAUGGAGUGCUCCAUGCAGGGCGGUGGCUUGAUGGGAAAUGUAAACGCAAUACUCACCUCAUUCCCCGCUGACCCGAGUCAGCAGUAUCAAACUCAAUGUCAGAUACUGCUGGAAGGACUGAACCUGCCAGUGCUGCUUCAGAAGGAGAUGGGCAGACUGUCCAGGCUAAAGAGCACCUCACAGUCUGACCAUCCAACUAGAAAUCACCAGCAUCAACUCAUGGACACAAACUCCAUCAACAAAACACAAAGUCACAAUAUGACCAGUAAUCACCAAGGGGAUAUCACUGUGGACAGUGGCAUAGAUUGGUUCAACUCAAUCAUUCCAUCACGGUCACUAGAUGUAACCUCACCAAUAAUAACAUCAACUCAAGAAAUCUUCCAUAGAAAACCAAACUCCAGUUGGUCAGAGAUGUCUUUAAUAUGCAAACAGUCAAACUGUCAAACAGACAAGGAGGCUCUAAGAAACACUGGGUCAUCAUUAGUCACUGAUGUUGUUUCAAAUCCUGAUGGUACAGUCACACCUGCUUCAGGGGACGACUGGAAAAGUGAGAGGAAUCAAAAUGUUAAAGGAAUGGACUCUUUAACCCCGGAGGGCAUGAAGCAAUCUAGGAGACAAGAAAACAGAAAACACCCAGAAUCAUCAGACUGUGUUAUUCAGAAAGCCUCUAAGAAUCUGAGAGGCAAAAGGCUCAGGGAGCUAGAGCUGACACAUCAGAAAUGUGACAAACGAGAAGGAGGGGUGCACUGCAGGAGGGUGGUGUUAAGAGAUAGUACAUGUCAAUUUGUCACUAGUGAUAAAACUUCAGAUUCCCACUCCAAGACCACACUGUCAUCAGGUAAAACAUGUCCCUCAAAUAACCAAGUACAGGAUAAUCUAUCACCUGUCAAAGAAAGUAGAUCUGAGGCUGAAAACAGAAGGAAGUGCACUGGGACUACGAACAUUAGUACUAUGAAAAGGAAAAAGAUGGAAGCUGAAGUUGAAACAGGUAAAGAUUUGCAUGCUAGGUUGUCAGGCUUUAUAUUCAAACCAAAGAAGAUGGGGCCUUUAGUCCACAACCAGGGCCUUAAUUCCAGCUCAGACAUGAGUGGAGAGUUCCAAGCUGAACCCAACCCCGGCAACAACAGAGAUCUCCAAACAAACAAACACAACAAAGAAAGCAGCGUAAGUCAUAGGAAGGAAGUUGGCUGUAAUGAGUCGAGCAGCACACUUAAAGACACAGACAAGGACAGAGGAAAGAAAAAUCAGAAGCAGUGCCAGAAUCUUUUGGGAGGUGGAGGCGUGAGAAAACAGGUGAGCUGUGUAAGUGAGGUGGUAGAGACCACAGAGGUCACACCAGGACAGGAACAUGAACCAGAGACAGAGUCAUCAACCAAAACAAAGUACAAGUGCAAUACCAAGGAGACAGAGCCUACUCAUGCUGCUAACCAUAACAGUGUACAAAUGGUGACUGAUAAUAUGAAUAAGAGGAAGUGUUUUGAACUUGGCCCUCGACCAAAUAAUGUUGGUGGUUCCGGGGGUCUGUUCUCUAAACUGUCUCUGUUUGGCUCUGUUGAGUUGAAUGAUGAUGAUGUUCUUGACACUGACUGGGACCAAGAGGUUUCAAAGAAAGCCAAAAUGUGA